UCCUGCACCCCUUUGUGUCAGCAUUUCAUGUAUUUAUUGCCACCUAAAUCUAAGUAAUGAAAAGCGGAAGAAAGAAAGUUUGGACCUAGUAAAACAAAGUGAGUCCAAAGUCAUCUCCCCCAAUUGACGCCCAAAAAAACUUGUGUGUGAACUGUAAACACAUUACAGACGCAAAAACACCACCAAGUCAUCCAUUUCAGACGAGUCAAAAGCAAGCAAAUCACACCCACCCAAUAAACCAUUCACACCAUCACCAACAGUUGGAAGAUUGUGAUCUUCCAAUCCAUUCAAAGUCUUACCCAUAACCCAUUUCUUUGAAUCUCUGAUUCAACUCACUAAUCUUUCUACAAAUUUCAAAUUCUCAAUCCUUCGGGUGAGAGCUGAUUUGGGUGGUUCCUUGUGUUAGAAAUUGUGUCUCGAUUUUCCGAUUUUGUUAGGUAAUUUCUUGUUAAUGGCGGAUAUAGUGAAGGAUAUUCUAGCCAAGCCCAUCCAAUUGGCGGAUCAAGUGGCGAAGACAGCCGGCGAGGCGAGCUCGGGCAAGCAAGAUUGCCUGGAGCUCAAGUCCAAGGCGGAGAAGCUCGCCGCCCUCCUCCGCAACGCCGCGCGCGCCAGCAGCGACCUCUACAAGCGGCCCACUGUCCGGAUCAUCGACGACACCGAGCAGGUCCUCAACAAGGCCCUCGCGCUCGUCCAGAAAUGCAAUUCACACGGCCUCGUCAAGCGCAUCUUCACCAUCGUCCCAUCCACAUCCUUCCGGAAGAUGUCAGCCAACCUCGAGAACUCCAUCGGCGACGUCACCUGGCUGCUCCACGUCUCCGCCGCCGCCGCGGGCGGCGGCGGCUACGUCGGCCUCCCUCCGAUCGCCGCCAACGAGCCGAUUCUCUGCUUGAUAUGGGCACAGAUUGCAAGUCUCUACACUGGGUCGCUCGAUGAUCGAUCUGACGCCGCGGCUUCGCUUGUUUCGCUUGCCCGGGACAAUGAUCGGUACGGGAAGCUGAUCAUCGAGGAAGAUGGGGUCGGACCAUUACUGAAAUUGGUGAAGGAUGGAAAACCGGAGGGUCAAGAAAACGCCGCAAGAGCGAUUGGGCUUCUGGGUCGUGACACAGAAAGCGUCGAACACAUGCUUGAAUUGGGUGUGUGCCAGGUGUUUGCGAAAAUCCUCAAAGAAGGUCCCAUGAAGGUUCAGGCUGUUGUGGCCUGGGCUGUGUCGGAACUCGCCGCCCAUUACCCCAAAUGUCAAGAUAUCUUCGGCCAGCACAAUGUAAUUCGUUUGCUAGUUGUUCACCUUGCCUUUGAGACAGUCGAAGAACACAGCAAGUAUGCCAUUACUAGCAAUAAAGCUACAUUGAUCCAGGCCGUUGAAAUCACAAGUGGGAGCUCGAAAACAGGUAAUAAUGUCAGCAAGGGAAAUGAGGAUGCUGACAAGAAAAACCAGAGUCAAAUUCCACAUCCAUUGGGAAAGAAACAGUCCAAUCAUAUGCACAAUGUGGUUACUAGUACUAUGGCCAUAAAAGGCCAACUCAAGCCACCUCAAUGGCACAAUAAUGGAGCGAAUGAAACCAACCAUGUGAAGAGCAACAUUAGUAACAAUGCGACCCAAAACCAUCACCACCAGCAGAAUGUUCUGCUCUCUAGUGGUAAAGGGAGGGAAUUGGAGGAGCCAGCCACAAAGGCUUAUAUGAAAGCAAUGGCUGCAAGAGCCCUUUCGUGCCUUGCCAAAGGAAACUCAGCCAUUUGUCGUAGCAUUUGUGAGUCAAGAGCUCUACUAUGCUUUGCUGUCCUCUUAGAGAAAGGGUCCAAAGAUGUUCAGUACCAUUCAGCCAUGGCCUUGAUGGAAAUCGCCGCAGUAGCAGAGCAUGAUACUGAGCUGAGAAGAUCAGCAUUCAAGCCCAAUUCGCCCGUUUGCAAAGCCAUUAUUGAGCAAUUACUAAAGGUCGUUGAGAAGGCAGAUUCUGAAUUGCUCAUCUCAUGUAUUAGGACUAUUGGAAACUUGGCCAGGACCUUUCAAGCGACGGAGACAAGAAUCAUAAAGCCAUUAGUGCAGUUACUUGAUGAACGAGAAGCUGAGAUUUCUAAGGAAGCUUGCAUUACUCUCACAAAGUUUGCCUCCACUGACAAUUAUCUCCACCUUGAUCACGCCAAAGCCAUAAUAGCUGCUGAUGGAGCGAAGCACCUAGUCCAGCUUGUGUACUUCGGAGAACAACAAAUUGUUCAAAGGUCUGCACUUGUUCUUCUCUCUUAUAUUGCACUGCAUGUAUCAGACAGCGAAGAACUUGCCCGAGCUGAGGUGCUCGUCGUGCUUGUAUGGGCAUCAAAGCAAGCAUUCUUGGUCCACGAUGAGAAGGUUGAGACAUUGCUACACGAGGCCAAAGGUAGACUGGAGGUCUUUCAGUCCAGAGGUUCAAGGGGAUUCCAUUAAUUCAGGUCUGGCCAAGAGAAGAUUUUGUUAAUUUAUUAUGUUAUUAUCAUGGAGUGCAUUAUGUUUGUAGACAUUAUAGUUCUUUUCUGUAAUUUUUUUGAAGAAUUCCCAAAUGUAUUGUAUGUAACCAUUAUAGUUCUCGUCUCUAAUUUUUUUUUUUUUAAACUCCCAAAUGUAUUUGAUUCUUCUAUUUUUCUGUGUUCCUUGUUGA